AUGGACAUGCAAGGCUACGUGACGAUGCUCUGGACGUGCGACUCGAUUUUUCUUCUGAGUGCGCUCGUGCUCUGGUGUCUGACGUUCUACUUGGUGCUGCUCCAGUUUGCCUUUCUACGACAUAGCGUCAUCUGCAGCGUGCCCGUCUACUUGUCCAAAAACGUGAUUGGUCCCGUGAUUUUGCUCCUGACUUUCUACGGCAACCGCAGUCUCCAAUCGCUGAGCACGUACAUGUACCAGAACCCAAGCUUUGACAAAACGUACUUGGUGUACCUCGGCCCCGCCCAGCUCGCAUCGAUCGUUGGUAUCAUGACGGGGACACUGAUUCAGAUCUGGUUCAACCCGCGACUGGUCACGCAGACGUGGCUGCUUCUGGUGGCCAGUGUCGUCAACUGGCUUCUAGUGUUUUGCCUUGAAGCGUUUGUCGUUGCGCCCCAAAGCAACGCCGUGUCAAGCUCGUGUCGGCUCGCGACCUCGAUCAACUGCUUUGCGUUUGACGCGCUUCCUCGCCUUCACGUGCUCUCGCCGCUUCUCUCGGGCGGCAUCGUUUUGCUGGCGAUAGCCUGCGUGUAUCUCACCUCGUGGUACAUCUCGUACACGGUGCGCGUACCUCGAACCAACUCGGUGCUGGCGUACCUGGGCGUGCCCAACCUGUCGUCUGUCACCACGUCGAUCGAGGGAUGCACCGCAACCAACUUGAACGGUGACGUGGUCCUGGACCGCGGGCUUCUUUUGAUUAAGAACAUGCUUCAAGUCUCGGACGCCUAUGUGACGCGAACGUGCAACGUGCAGUACGAGCUCUUCUUCCGCCUGCUGCCGUCCGAUCGACUCAAGCGCGUCUUCAGCCAGCUCGUCGGGUCGGUCCUCGUCGUCCACAUCCAUCGCGACCGCAUUCAGAAAAAAUCGAGCUACAAGCAUUUGCACGAGCUCCAAAUGGGUGCCAUGCGGCAUACCCCAGGGUACCUCUCGUAACCACAUGAAGCGUCCUUGGCUCAGUGUCGCGGCUCGUUGUAUCAAGUUGAUACUUUCGCA